AUGGACUGCGCCAACCUGAAGGUUGUAUCAAAGUCAAACGGCUGCCAAACGGAGGGCAUAAGUCGUCGAUCGCCUGACCGUUGCGAUCGGACAACCAUCCUCCGGCUCCGGUACAUGCGUGUUGACCUGUUGUCUGUCCCUCCAUGUCAUGCAUCAUUUCAAGCCGGGAGGCAUUCUUUAAGAAAACUUCACUAUGCCCUCAACAAAGAAUUAUCCAAGGAAUCCCUGCGGAUUCCGUCAAAGUGGGCAAUUCAGGCGGCCUACACAAACACCGUCCGGCUCAGGCAAGGAGGCGGUUUCGGCAGACGACGCUCUUCUUUAAUGGACCGACGAGCGGAGAAGUAUUUAAGUAGUAACGUUGGUUUGUUUUCAAAUUUUCUGGAGGCAUGUCCUUGUUGA